AUGGUUCUGGACCGGUUUAGUAACGCUGUGCAGCGCUUCCAGAGGCACUCGGUGUUGCGACGGAGGUCAACUAGAAAAUAUUCUACCAGACAGAAGCAGUCAAUCUGGGAAACGCUUCCCAGCGAUAUAUUAAUUCGGAUUCUGAUACAAUGCGAAUUAAACGAUAUAUACGCCUUGAGUCUUGUUUGUCGCGUGCUGCGCCGGCGCAUCUAUCAACAUGAACCUGCUAUUGCGCAGGAAUAUCUUUGCUGUCGACUACACCAGCAUUAUCCGGCGGUUUUAUCAUCUGGCGAUAACCUAACAUUCAUAUACAACCUAUUUCCUCCACCGCCACCGCAUUAUCCUGCAACCGAUGGCAGUUUAGAAAAAAAUUUCCCAGAGUACUCACUCAGCUACUUAUCCGACUUAACUCGAUGCUGGCGAACCUGUAUCAGACUAUCAUUCUACCUGGCUGAAUCGGCAGUCCAACACCAUCUUGAAACCGACACUACUAUCCGUGGUGUAUUGGAACAAGAAGCCAUCUAUAGCAAGGCCGUGUUCCAGCUUCAAGACAAGCUACUGCAUCCUAUAGCCUACCUAAUCUUCUUCCUUGAAUCCGACGCAGCAACAACACCCCUAUCCAUCGAAACGCAACAAUCCAUCCUCCAACAACCCCCCUUCACAGAUACCCAGAUUCUCCUCUCCACCCACCACUGCAUGGCACUCCUCUGCAACUGUCUCCGCCGCCUAAUGGCACCUGAUAUCCAAUACCCCUCUACAGAACCUUGGCUCCGGCUCCUCCUCACUACAUCAACACUAGAGCGAACACUUAAUUUCUUCGCAGCCGCGACAAUUACAGAUACCAACACAGCCGACGAGAAGAAAGAAAAGGUUGCCGGAUCAACUUCCAGCGCCUCCUGGACACCCCGAAUGGAAUUCAUCUGGCAAAUGCGGAACGACUGGGAACAGAUAUUAUCGGCAACAAGAGAGUCUAUUUACGACCUUGAUACUAAGAACGAAGCCAUCAGGGUUCUAAGCACGGCUGGCGUGGAGGGGGUUUGGUUCGAGGCUGCGAAGAGGGAAUUGGAUCGCAGGGGCAUGAUACCACAUGCCUGCGAGGAAGGGAUUCCAGUUCUCCACGAAGCGACUACCAGGCUGAGAUGCGAGUUCUGUGAAUAG